ACGAUCCAAUCUGCCAAUAAUAAACUAAAGAAGAAGAAAAACGUUUGCAGCUCUCGAGUGAAUGGUGUGCGAUUACGAUAAGCUGUAGAAUCGACAUUGACUUAUUUUAUUACUAACGAAGUGCUGUCUAGCUUAAGAGGAAACAGUCCACCCGUCGUCGUCCCCAAAGCUGUGUGAUUUGAAAAUGUCUGAUAGCGACGACAGUGAUUUCUCUGACAACCACAGUGGACAUAGCAGUGAAGCAGAGGAGGUAGAGGAAAAUGAGGAAGAUGAGGGGGCAGGAAGUGUAGCUGGCAGUGAUAAAGGAGAAGAGGAAGGGGAGGACCUGGAUGAGGAGGAGGAUUAUGAUGAAGAAGAGGAAGAAGAAGAUGAUGACCGACCCAGGAAAAAACCACGUCAUGGUGGCUUCAUCUUGGAUGAAGCUGAUGUGGAUGAUGAGUACGAAGACGAAGAGGACCCCUGGGAGGAAGGAGCGGAAGACAUUUUGGAGAAAGUUAACGAGGAGGCAGAGGCUUCUAACCUGGACCAUGUGGUACUGGAUGAGGAUCACUCUGGGUCUCGCAGACUUCAGAACCUAUGGAGAGACUCAAGAGAAGAGGCCUUAGGAGAGUACUACAUGAGAAAAUAUGCCAAGUCUUCAGGAGGAGAACAUUUUUAUGGAGGUUCAGAGGAUCUGUCUGAUGACAUCACCCAGCAACAGCUUCUUCCUGGUGUCAAAGAUCCUAAUUUAUGGACCGUCAAAUGUAAGAUUGGGGAGGAGAGGGCCACUGCCAUUGCUCUGAUGAGGAAGUUCAUUGCUUAUCAGUUUACUGACACGCCCCUCCAAAUCAAGUCAGUAGUUGCUCCUGAGCAUGUGAAAGGCUACAUUUAUGUGGAGUCUUAUAAGCAGACCCAUGUAAAGGCUGCUAUAGAGGGAGUCGGAAACUUGCGCAUGGGCUUCUGGAACCAGCAGAUGGUCCCCAUCAAAGAAAUGACUGAUGUGCUGAAGGUAGUGAAAGAGGUGACUAAUCUUAAGGCCAAAUCCUGGGUCCGCCUGAAGAGGGGUCUCUAUAAAGACGACAUUGCUCAAGUUGACUAUGUUGAACCUAGUCAGAACACCAUAUCACUGAAGCUGAUCCCACGAAUAGAUCUGGACCGUAUUAAAGCUCGCAUGAGCAUGAAAGAUUGGUUCGCCAAAAGGAAGAAGUCUAAGAGGCCCCCUCAGAGGUUGUUUGAUGCUGAAAAGAUUAGGUCUCUUGGAGGGGAAGUGACUCAUGAUGUGGAGUUCAUGAUUUUCGAAGGAAACCGCUACAGCCGUAAAGGCUUCCUCUUCAAAACGUUUGCCAUGUCUGCUGUGAUUACUGAGGGUGUGAAGCCCACACUGUCUGAACUGGAAAAGUUUGAGGAUCAGCCUGAGGGCAUUGAUUUGGAGGUCGUCACAGAAACCACAGGUAAGGAAAAGGAGCAUAAUCUACAGGCUGGGGACAACGUGGAGGUGUGUGAGGGUGAGCUGAUCAACCUCCAAGGAAAAAUCCUCAGUGUGGAUGGGAACAAGAUCACAAUCAUGCCCAAACAUGAGGAUCUCAAGGACCCACUGGAGUUUCCUGCACGUGAGUUGAGGAAAUACUUCCGUAUGGGUGAUCAUGUUAAGGUGAUUGCGGGGCGCUAUGAAGGUGACACGGGACUCAUUGUGCGAGUCGAAGAGAAUUUUGUCAUCCUCUUCUCUGACCUCACCAUGCAUGAGUUGAAAGUUUUGCCACGAGAUCUCCAGCUAUGCUCAGAAACGGCCUCUGGUGUGGAUGCGGGGGGGCAGCAUGAAUGGGGAGAGCUGGUGCAGCUGGAGCCCCAGACUGUGGGAGUGAUUGUCAGGCUGGAGCGAGAGACCUUCCAGGUGCUGAACAUGCAUGGUAAGGUGCAGACAGUGCGCCAUCAGGCAGUGAACCGACGCAAGGAUAACCGCUUUGCUGUGGCCUUGGACUCUGAGCAGAACAACAUCCAUGUGAAGGACAUUGUGAAAGUCAUAGAUGGACCUCAUUCGGGGCGUGAAGGAGAGAUCCGUCACCUUUUCCGAGGAUUUGCCUUCCUUCAUUGUAAGAAACUGGUUGAAAAUGGUGGCAUGUUUGUUUGUAAGACGCGUCACCUGGUCCUCGCCGGUGGUUCCAAGCCCCGAGAUGUGACUAAUUUCACGGUUGGUGGUUUUGCACCCAUGAGUCCGCGCAUCAGCAGCCCCAUGCAUCCUGGUGGUGGAGGCGGCAUGCAAAGGGGUGGAGGUGGAGGAGGCGGCGGAGGAAUGGGGCGUGGUCGAGGAAGGCGUGACAAUGAUCUAAUUGGUCAAACUGUCAGGAUUUCUCAGGGACCCUAUAAAGGUUACAUUGGGGUUGUCAAAGAUGCCACGGAGUCUACAGCUCGUGUUGAGCUGCAUUCCACGUGCCAGACCAUAUCUGUUGAUCGUCAGCGUCUCACCACUGUUGGUGCAAAGAGGCACGGCGGCAUGACUUCUACCCAUGGCCGUACCCCUAUGUAUGGCUCUCAGACCCCCAUGUAUGGCACUGGCUCUCGCACACCCAUGUAUGGCAGCCAAACGCCACUGCAUGACGGCAGCAGAACGCCACAUUAUGGUUCUCAGACCCCACUGCAUGAUGGAAGCAGAACACCGGGCCAAAGUGGAGCAUGGGACCCCAACAACCCCAACACACCAUCACGUAGUGCGGAUGAUGACUAUGAGUUUGGCUAUGAUGAUGAGCCAUCACCAUCCCCUCAGGGCUAUGGGAGCACCCCCAACCCUCAAACACCAGGCUACCCAGAGGUGCCCUCACCACAGGUCAACCCUCAGUACAACCCCCAGACGCCAGGAACCCCUGCAAUGUACAACACAGACCAGUAUUCUCCAUAUGCUGCACCGUCCCCUCAGGGCUCCUACCAGCCCAGCCCAAGCCCUCAGAGUUACCACCAGGUGGCCCCCAGUCCUGUGGGAUACCAGAAUACUCACUCACCAGCCAGUUACCAUCCCACACCUUCUCCAAUGGCCUAUCAGGCCAGUCCAAGCCCCAGCCCUGUAGGCUAUAGUCCUAUGACCCCAGGGGCUCCCUCUCCAGGCGGCUAUAACCCCCAUACUCCUGGCUCCAAUAUUGACCAGACCUCUUGUGACUGGGUCACCACAGACAUUCUGGUACGGGUCAAGGACACAUUCCUGGAUGGAGCUGUGGUCAGUCAGACUGGCGUUAUCCGAAGUGUCACGGGAGGCAUGUGUUCUGUGUUCCUGCAGGACACUGAAAAAGUGGUCAGCAUUUCUAGUGAACACCUGGAACCCAUCACUCCCACCAAGAACAAUAAGGUGAAGGUGAUUCUGGGAGAGGAUCGAGAGGCCAGUGGCGUCCUGCUCAGCAUUGAUGGAGAGGAUGGCAUUGUCCGAAUGGAGCUUGACGAACAGCUGAAGAUUCUCAACCUUCGCUUUCUUGGCAAGCUGGAAGUUUGAUUCAGUAAUGAUGAUUGCAAGUCCUAUCCUUAGUUUAUACUUCCUGCAAAAGUGUGUAAAAUCUUUUGUUGUACUUCAUUACAUACAUCAUUUGUACUUACUAUAGUACAGAUUGUCCAAAGUAUGAUAUGCAAGUUGUUUUACCCUUAACAUCGAAGCUGACAUUAGUCCGUUAAGGUCAUCCUGUCUGUGCUGUUUUCUCUCUUUAUAGAUGCCACUUUGGGUGUCUUAAUUUUAUGUCAAUAAAGUGUCUUCUGGUUA